CUCGCGCCGCACAACAGUCAGUAGGCCGACGGAAGCACGGAAGCCCCGAUCCCUCCCAGCGUCUACCCGACGUUGAUCUCCUCCUCUGCUGGCUCGUUAACCACCAUGAGCGAAAUCAAUGUGUCGAAGCUUAAGGUUUCCGAGCUGAAAGCCGAGCUGGCAAGCAGGAGCCUGGAUGUCAAGGGCAACAAGGCAGACUUGGCCCAGCGGCUGCAGGCGGCCCUCGACGAGGAAGAGUUUGGCGCUAUCAGCAUGCCUACACCGACUGUCGGCGAUGCUGCAACCGAGGCGGGAAAUGGAACCGCGGCAGAGCCGGCAGAACCCGCGGUGGAAGCCACGCCUGCGACAACCGCCGAGGAGGCGACACCCGCCGCCCCGGCAGAACCCGCUUCUACUACGGCCGACGGUGAGGUUGCUGCUGACACGGCUACCGCCGCUCCUGCUGUCGUCACCGCCACGGAUGCUGCCGCCGCUGCGGAAGCCAUGCGGCUGGCGAAGCGCGUGGAAAGGUUUGGCCGCAUCGCUCCGGUGACCGAGCGCGAGGUGGCGGAGAAGAUGGCCAUGCGCCGGGAGAAGUUCGGCCUGCCGGAGCCGGCGGCGGGCGGUAAGCAAGGCACCAAGAGGUCGCUCAACCCCGAGGAGGAGGCCAAGAGGAAAAAACGCAUGGAACGGUUCGGCAUCGUCGAUGAAAAGGAGGAGGCUGCCAAGAGAGCGGAAGCCGAGGUGAGUUUGUUCCCCGUUGGUGGGUGCUUGCUAUUCUUGGUGGUAGUGUGA